AUGGCUGACUGGACACAUGUAUUCAAGGCUGUUUUGGAUGAGCACGAGAUUUCCUAUGUUUCAGCUAAAGGAAACCCUGCUGAGAGGGCAAAAAUCCUCAAAAGCAUCAAAGAUGCCAUACUUGAAAGUGACCAGGCCAAGGAUGCUUCGACUAUGCUUCCAGGCAAUAACAUUCGGAAGGCUAUCCGUACAUAUUACUUGCAUUUUCUGGAGGAUGACGAGGACCGCGAUCUUGAGCAAAAAAUCAUUGAGGGAGCUCAUAAACUCACAUCUGGUGCAGGCAUCAUCACUGUAGAUAUGGUCAAAGGCCGUCAGGAUGACAAGCCUCUGGAUGCUGCAGCAUUCAAGACCGAAUUCUCUCCUUUUGAUGUCGCACAGAAGUUGUUCAAAGAAGAAAUUGGGGAGUAUGACAAGAAGCACCGUGACACCUCUGACCUAAGGUCCAUGGGGACAAGGACAAAGCUGGUCCGGUCCUGGUACAAUGCCCUGUCACCAGAUGUACAUGAGGAGCUCAGACUUGUGGCAGAAAAGUGGAACCAGGAAGGUGCUCUUUCCGACGCCAAGGACAGAUACCGCAGCCGACACCAGAAGAAAAUCAUGGAGGACUUCAUAAAGAUGGCAGGAAGAACCAUGGGUUUACAUGUUGUGAUGCUCGUAGCUCAUGAUCGAGGGGAGGGGAAAAUGCCUGGAACAACCAUUUGGGAAUCCUGUCCCAGGAAGGCGAAGAAAACCUUUACUCUGGCUACCAAAGACAACAAGAAAUGGGCUGGAGAGUCCCAAGACCGACUUGCUGACUGGCUGAAUGAAGCUGAGUAUAGCUUAGACACUGAGGACCAAUCUGACGAGGAAGAUGAGAAGUUGCCCAAUUUAACAGUGGAGGUAGACGAUGAGGGCUAUCCUUGCCUACCGACAGGCUUUGAAUCUCUCAUGCUCAAGAACCAGCAGAAGGUCUGGUCAUCUCAAACAACCCUAGGGCUGCAGUCCCCUGGGGUCAUAUUACCCAAGAUCCAGACCAUUACCUUGACAUGGACUGUAUUCCUCGAAAUGUCGUCAUCAAGGAUCCUUCUCACCUGCAGAAGGAAGCCAUCAGAAGGCGACUUCUAUGAUUCACUGGCUAAGAAGGGGGAUGUAAGUAAAAAAUCAAGGAAGAACCCAAAAUAUGUCGAAGUAUCAUCAGAUGAGGACAAGGUACUGAAGAAGGCCCCCCAAGCCAAUGGUUCUUCUGACGAAGAGGAUGACUUGGAAAGCCACACCCCAUCUCUUUCCGAUUCCUGCCCGAAAUUCCAUAUGGGUGGUGACACAGUUGGUUAUCUUCAAUCCCUCUCUACCCUCCCAACAUAUUCUCGUCUGUUGGCCACAGUUCAAAAACUCUCCAAGACACAAACUCCUGAUCCUAAGGGCAAGGCUAGGAAGCAACAUCUGCCUGUCUGGGCAUCUUGGACGUGGUCUGAGGCAUAUCUACCUCAAAAUAUGCACAGUGAUAUUCAGGCUUCCUCUGUCGCUUUGGAGGAACUAGGCAACUAUGUUAUCAAAUCUCGUGGUUUGGGUAUGAUUGUUGUCCUGGGCCUUGGACUCCUCAUUCGUGAGUGUUGCUGCACUCAGGAGUAUGAAGCAGAUGAGGCUGGAGAUGAUGUGCCUCAAUAUUUGGGCGACUCCAUCCUUGGCUUCGAGGUGGGGGACAAGGUUGAAGAGGCCAUUAUCAGAAUCCAGGUGAAGGUGGACGCAAUGCUGCCAGAUGGUAAUGAGAAGCAGAUGACAGUGGGGGAAGAAGUUCACAUGAGGCGUCUGGAGAACAAAAGGCAGGUGAAAGAGAGGAGGGAGGCAGAGCAGGCAAAGGUGGCUGAGGAAAAGAGGGUGGCUGAGGAGAAGAGGGUUGCUGAGGUGUCUCAGAUGACUGAUUAG